UGAUGUCCCGGAUCAUUCACAUCCAGCCAUUAAUGAGGAGGACGUCAGUGUCCGUGCGGCUCGUCACAACACUGCUGUCAGCCCCCGGCCUGAGUGUGUCAGUGUGUGACUCUCCUUUCCUCCUCCUCGGGUGUCCAUCCUCUCCGCGGUACUCCCUGUGGUCUCUGUGAUCAAGAUGCAGAAGAGAAGGAAGCCAGAGCCGAUCCAACUCAACCCGAUCCCGGAUGGAAACACCAUCAACGGCACCGGAGCCACAGAAACAAACUUGGAGGCACUGCAGAAGAAACUAGAGGAGCUCGAGUUAGACGAGCAGCAGCGGAAACGCCUGGAGGCCUUUCUGACACAGAAGCAGAAGGUGGGAGAGCUGAAGGACGAUGACUUUGAGAAGAUCUGCGAGCUGGGUGCAGGCAACGGGGGAGUUGUCUUCAAGGUCUCCCACCGACCCUCCGGUCUGAUUAUGGCGAGGAAGCUGAUCCAUCUGGAGAUCAAACCGGCCAUCAGGAACCAGAUCAUCAGGGAGCUGCAGGUGCUCCAUGAGUGCAACUCCCCCUACAUUGUGGGCUUCUACGGAGCUUUCUACAGUGACGGAGAAAUCAGCAUCUGCAUGGAGCACAUGGACGGUGGCUCCCUGGACCAGUCGCUGAAGAAAGCAGGCAAGAUCCCAGAGCAGAUCCUUGGAAAAGUCAGCAUCGCUGUCAUUAAAGGGCUCUCCUACCUGAGGGAGAAACACAAGAUCAUGCACAGAGACGUCAAGCCUUCCAACAUCCUGGUGAAUUCCCGCGGUGAGAUCAAGCUGUGUGACUUCGGAGUGAGCGGACAGCUCAUAGACUCCAUGGCCAACUCCUUUGUGGGCACUCGGUCUUACAUGUCUCCCGAGCGUCUACAGGGCACUCAUUACUCUGUUCAGUCGGACAUCUGGAGUAUGGGUCUGUCCCUGGUUGAAAUGGCCAUUGGACGCUUCCCUAUCCCGCCACCCGAUGCCAGAGAAUUGGAACAGAUUUUUGGCCUCCCGGUGGAUGGGGACUCAGCCUCCAGCGAGUCCUCCCCAAAGCCACGGCCUCCUGGGCGACCAGUCAGCUCAUACGGACCGGACAGCAGACCACCAAUGGCAAUAUUUGAGCUACUUGAUUAUAUAGUCAAUGAGCCUCCACCAAAGCUACCUGGGAUAUUUAGCUCUGAAUUUCAAGACUUUGUGAACAAAUGUUUGAUUAAGAAUCCUGCAGAGAGAGCAGACCUGAAACAGCAGAUGGUGCAUCCUUUCAUCAAGCAGUCGGAGGCAGAGCAGGUCGACUUCGCAGGCUGGUUGUGCAGCACCAUUGGCCUCAACCAGCCCGUGACACCCACCCAUGGUACCACAAUGUGACCUGUUCCGCCAAACCCCAUAACACAUGGUCCUCUUUGGACUGGAAUUGCAAUAUGGGUAAAUUGUAUCUGUUUAUACUGAAUAUUCAAUGGUUUAAAAAGUUGUGCAAUCAACAGUUAUAUAUUUACACCUGAAUGCCAGGUGAAAUUAACUAUGUAUUGAACAUUUCUCUGGGCUGUAUUGCAGGCCAGCCUGAAAAGCCAUCUUUUUCUAAUGAUUCAAGUUAAUCAUGACAAAUGCUGCUCAGCCUAUGUGCUUGAUAUUCCUCUUUACCCCAGUGUCCUUUCAGCAGCAACAGAUCCAUAUCUUUUUGUGAAAUCGUAUUGUGAAAUAAAAAUUUGAAAUGA